UGUAGCAGGGAUUGGAUCCUUCAUGCAAAGAGAAAGAAAACCCUCCCAGCAAAACAGGCUGCGUUUGUAAAAGUGCUCUAGCAAAUUCAGAAGUGAUUGGAUGAAAAGAAAACCUUGGCCCUUCCCUCCUGCACCUGACUAGUGGAUAUUUACAGCACUUUUCAAGGAGCCUCUCUGCACUGCCACUAACACAUUUUUACUGCAUGGAUUGAGCUGAGUAGACAAUACUAUAGGGACCAAUGUGCUAGCUGUGAUUCUGUGUGCUGCACACGAUCUGGGACCGUUAUUCUAAGCUGAAAGGAGAUUCUGGAAGAAAGAAAUUCUGCAUUCAAAAUGCCACGAUCUUUCCUGGUCAAGAAACAUUUCAAUUCAUCUAAGAAGCCAAAUUACAGUAAACUGGACACUCAUACAGUGAUCAUUUCCCCAUACCUUUAUGAGAGCUAUCCAAUGCCUAUCAUCCCACAGCCAGAGAUCCUGAGCUCAGUAGCUUACAAUCCCAUUACUGUGUGGACUACAACAGGGCUGCUGCCCUCCCCGCUACCCAAUGACCUCUCUCCUCUUUCUGGAUACCCCUCAUCCUUGGGAAGAGUCAGUCCACCUCCACCCUCUGACACCUCAUCCAAGGAUCACAGUGGCUCAGAAAGUCCCAUUAGCGAUGAAGAAGAGAGAAUCCAAUCAAAGCUUUCAGAUCCCCAUGCAAUUGAAGCUGAAAAGUUUCAGUGCAGUUUAUGCAACAAGACCUAUUCAACUUUCUCUGGGCUGGCCAAACAUAAGCAACUGCACUGUGAUGCCCAGUCUAGGAAAUCGUUCAGCUGCAAGUACUGUGACAAGGAGUACGUAAGCCUGGGAGCCCUUAAGAUGCACAUCAGGACCCACACACUACCUUGUGUCUGCAAGAUCUGUGGCAAGGCUUUCUCUAGACCCUGGUUACUUCAAGGGCACAUCAGAACUCAUACUGGAGAGAAGCCUUUUUCGUGCCCUCAUUGCAACAGAGCUUUUGCAGACAGAUCGAACCUGAGGGCCCAUCUGCAGACCCAUUCAGAUGUGAAGAAAUACCAGUGCAAAAAUUGCUCCAAAACUUUCUCCAGAAUGUCUCUCCUGCACAAACACGAGGAAUCUGGCUGCUGCAUAGCGCACUGAGUCAUGCAGUCAGUGUUUACCUGGAUCCAAUGCAUUUCUCCACUCCUGUUCCAAAUGAUAAGUGGAAACCAAAAGGCAUUUUCUCUUCUUCCCAACCUCCUUCCCUCACCUCAGUCCAUCCCCCAAAGUGGAAGAACGUAUAAUAUCAGUAAAAAAUAACUUAAGCAUUUCUGCUAAAUAACUUAAGUGUGAAUUCUGAAAUGAGAGGGGGGAAGAACCAUGCAUGACAUUUCAAAUAGAUCAUAAGGAAAAAGCAUGAUCAGCCUUCUUCAGUGAUGAAGCCAAUGUGCAUAGACUUUUCUUACUAAGAAAAGUUGCAUAGCAUUAACAGUACAUUCCUGCCAAAUCAUUUCAACCAAAGAAAGAGUAUUUAAAAAGGAAAUAAUAAAAAUCUUACUCCAAGAGAAUUUGCCAGACAACAUUUAUCUCAGGUGCCUUAUAAGGUAUUUCAAGUUUACUUUAGUAAAUGUCUAGUAGUACUAGGGUUUUUUAAUUAAAACCAAAGGCCUCUAUUGAUGAUCUGAACUGUUUUAACGCUAAAUAGCGCAAAGAAGAGGAAUAAAAACACGUAAGAGAAUGUAUGAAAAAUGAUCUGCCAUGUUUUUAAAGUAUGUGCCUUUAAAAAAGACUGUAGCUUCAAACAUUCCUGGUGCAUGCUUGACCCAUCUUUUAAUAUGGAAUAGUUCUUCUAAACUUUUAAUCUUUUUUAAAAAACGGGAAUAAGUGCAAGAGAGGGGGUUCAUGGGAGUUUGACAAUGACUUUUUGAAAUGCACAAAGAAAAUGCAAUAUAUUCAACAUUACCCCUCCAAGUGCCUUUUCUAUUAAUGGUUUUGUAAAGUAUGUGGAUACAUUGUAAAUAUUUUUAUUUUUAUAUGACUGAAUGUGUUGUGAAUGAAAGUGAAGUGUUGCCUAUAACAGCACUUAUAGGUAACUUGAAGAAAGUAUGAAGUGAAUCUUGCUAUGUUGUUUUCUAGCCACUUUUUUACAAUAAACUUUUUUGUGUAAUA